AAUGGUGGUAAUUGAUAAUAGAUUUCGUCAUUUGGUUGUUGGAAAACACCAAGAAGGGCUAUCAUUGAAUAAAACUGCGAAAGUUCUAAAAAUUUCCAGAUGUGCCCAGAGGAUCUGGAAAAAGUUCAAAUUGCAUAAAACUAUUGAUAAUUUAUCAAAAUCAGGUAGACCACACAAAUUAAAUGAUGCAGAUGAGAGAAAAUUAUGCCUGAUAUCAAAGAGAAAUCCAUUUUGGGGUGCAAAAAAAAUCUUAUCAGCCUCUCUUUUUGCAUCAGUGAUAUCUCUUUCAACAUGCAAGAGUAUUUUAAGGAAGCACAACUUGAGAGGCUAUGUGGCAACCAAAAAACCCCUAUUAAAAAAAAGGCAUGUAUCAAAUAGGCACAAUUUUUGCAAAAGACUCCUCUCUUGGACCACAGAUGAAAUUAAUGCCAUUGUGUUUUCUGAUGAAACAAGGAUAGACUUAUAUCCAAAACGACGGCAGUUUGUCAGAAGGCAUCCAUCUGAUAGGUACAAGGCCAAAUAUUGCAUUAAAACCUUUAAAGAGGCAAAUGGUUCCCUAAAUAUAUGGGGAUUUAUAAAGAGUGAUGGCAGCAGAGGAAUUCAUCUGUACAAGGGUAGCUUGAAUUCCGAAAAAUAUCAGGAAAUUCUUGAAAAAUCCGUUUUGCCGAAUUAUAAUCGGUCUCAUAUUUUGAUGCAGGAUGGUGCUCCCUGCCAUACAUCAAAGAGUACCCUAAACUACCUCAAGAAAGAGAGGGUAAAGUAUCUGGAAGACUGGCCAGCACAGAGUCCAGACCUUAACCCAAUCGAAAACUUGUGGUCAUUUCUAAAAGGUAGGGUAAGUCUAAUCAAAUCUAAGAAGUUUCAACUGUCUGAACAAGAAGAAGAAAGUCUGGAAUUGAAUCGUUACGUCUUUCUAAACCGACAACCUGUUUUUCCCUGGAAGAAAUACUCACCCGGAAAGAACACAAGCCUCAACACAAAAAUAGGGCCGAAAUUUUUUGAUGCUCUGAGAAAAAAUAGAAGAUCCUACAUUAGUGGAACAAUACCUGAAGAUCAAAGAGAGGAGAAAAAAGUCUUGACAAUAUUAUAUUACAUUCAUUUUUAUGGAGUUAUAAGCGACUGGCAAUUCGGUUUUGGAAGGCAACCAUUUAUUAAAGGAGGAUGCAGGAUUGAUAGAUGCACAGCAACAGCCGACAGGUCACAGUUGAAGACGGCAGAUGCUGUAUUAUUUCACAAUUCUGGAUUUGGAUCAUUACCAGAAAGUAAACUUUUUCCUAGUUUCAGACGACCUCCCCAACAAAAGUGGUUAAUUCACGCUAUGGAAUCAAACGUUCAUGCCUUGCUGAAUGUAAGAAGAUUGAGUAAUAAAUUCAACGGUACUGUGACAUUUAAACGUCAUUCUGACGUUUAUUCACCCUACGGACAUUACGAACCUCCGGGUGAAAAGGGCCACCAACCAAAUAAAAAUUAUGCAGAAGGUAAAACAGAGUUAGCUGCUUGGUUUGUGAGCCAUUGUAAGACCCAGAGUAAACGAGAAAUUUACGGUAAUCAGUUAUCUAAAUAUAUGACAAUACACGUGUAUGGAGCCUGCGGGAAGGAUAAACGAUACAAAUGUAAAAGAACUAAAUCUGAUAAUGAAUGUUAUGAAAUGUUAGACAAAAAGUAUAAGUUCUAUUUGUCGUUUGAGAAUUCAUUAUGCACUGACUAUAUAACCGAAAAGGCAUAUAAAGUGUUAAAACAUCAUGUUGUCCCUAUUGUUUUAGGAAAUGUUGCCUACGAAGAAAUUCUACCUGAACAUUCAUUCAUCAAUGUCAAAUCAUUCAGAUCACCGAAGUUAUUGGCAAAGUAUAUUGAAUACCUGGAUAAAAACGAUACGGCCUAUAAUGAGUAUUUUAAAUGGAAAAAGGAUUAUAGAGUUGUACAUCACAAUAAUAAAAACCUUUUGUGCGAUAUCUGCGAAUAUCUUCAUGCUAGUAGAAAUUGGACGAAAGUGUAUACAAAACCAGAAUAUCAUUGGGAUACGUUAGAUCAAUGUAUAAAACCAAAGGACUAUUAUAAAGAAAUUGCCGAUGAAAUUCUAGAAGAACUUUAA